UCAAAACGUCGACAACUUUGGAAACGGAGAAGAAAAAAAUCUAGAGAAAAUUGCAUUCCGGUUUUGUCUACGUGUUUUUCAUUGCUACACUCCCACAAGCGGAAAUAUAAACAUAAAUUUAAGGUAAAAAUUAUUCAGAAGACUGCACACAACGGUUUUUGGACAUAAAUAUUUGAAUUGUUCUGUCUUGUUAGAAGUCAUGUACUAGUGUAUCAUAGAGACGACGAUAUAUUGAAAAAGCAAUACGGCAAGUUGAAGAUAAGUAUCAGACUUUGAAAAAAUGAAACCAAUAUUUGGUUUGCCACUAAUAGUGGCAUUUCUAACAGCAUUCGUCAGUGCCGAUGAACACACUCAUAUGUAUGAAGACCAUGAAGAGGUUGUUCUAUGGAUGAACACAGUCGGACCCUAUCACAACCGACAGGAGACGUACGCAUAUUUCUCACUGCCGUUUUGCGUUGGAACCAAACAGACAAUUAGUCAUUACCAUGAAACGAUGAGCGAAGCCCUCCAGGGAGUUGAGCUGGAGUUCAGUGGAUAUGAAAUCGAUUUCAAGGAUGAUAUUGCACCUACGGAAAUCUGUAUGGUAGAACUUACAGAGAAGAAAUACAAAGCAUUUGUGUAUGCAGUUAUGAAUCAAUACUGGUAUCAGAUGUACAUCGACGAUUUACCCAUUUGGGGCGUUGUUGGCAAGGAAGAUGACAAAAAGUAUUAUAUCUAUACUCACAAAAAGUUCGAUGUGAGUUACAACGGCAAACAGAUUGUGGAUGUAACGUUGACUCCAGAGAAGAAGGAGCUUUUGAAAGUGGGAGCGAAGAUUAAGUUCACCUAUGAAGUCAACUGGAAGCCAAGCAACGUUAAGUUCGAGGAUCGGUUUGACAAAUAUCUGGACCCGAAUUUCUUCCAACAUCGGAUACAUUGGUUCAGUAUUUUCAAUAGUUUCAUGAUGGUUAUUUUCUUGGUUGGGCUCGUGUCGAUGAUCCUUAUGCGAACACUGCGUAAAGAUUAUGCUCGUUAUAGCAAGGAUGAUGAAGCGGAUGAUAUGGAACGCGACCUUGGUGACGAGUACGGAUGGAAACAGAUUCACGGAGAUGUCUUUAGGCCUGCAUCUAAUGCGAUGCUGUUUUCUGCAUUAAUUGGUGCUGGUUACCAGCUUACCUCGGUGGUUUUGUGUGUUAUUACUUUCGCCAUUCUUGGAGAGUUGUAUACAGAGCGAGGAUCUUUGUUGUCGACAUCAAUAUUCGUAUAUGCAGCCACAUCUCCUAUCAACGGCUAUUUCGGUGGAUCUUUGUACGCUCGAAUGAGUGGAAAGUUGUGGAUCAAGCAAAUGCUACUGUCAGCGUUUAUUAUUCCUGCUUUGGUGUGCGGAACAGCGUUCUUCAUAAAUUUUAUUGCGAUUUACUAUCAUGCAUCGAGAGCCAUUCCUUUUGGAACAAUGGUGGCUGUAACAUGCAUUUGCAUCUUUGUGAUCUUGCCGCUCACACUAAUUGGCACUAUUGUUGGACGCAACCUUGAUGGACAACCGGACUAUCCUUGUCGAGUUAAUGCUGUACCUCGCCCUAUUCCGGAGAAAAAGUGGUUCAUGGAGCCGGCUGUGAUUAUAUUACUUGGAGGAGUGCUUCCGUUCGGUUCGAUUUUUAUAGAAAUGUACUUUAUAUUCACGUCCUUUUGGGCUUACAAGAUUUACUACGUGUAUGGCUUCAUGCUGCUCGUGUUUUUGAUUCUGAUAAUCGUGACCGUAUGCGUGACAAUCGUGUGCACCUACUUUUUGCUCAACGCCGAAGAUUACCGAUGGCAGUGGACCAGCUUUAUGUCGGCGGCGUCUACUGCGAUCUACGUGUAUAUCUAUUCGUUCUACUACUUUUUCUUCAAGACAAAGAUGUACGGCCUGUUCCAGACGGCGUUCUACUUCGGAUACAUGGCGCUAUUCUCCGGUACUCUUGGCAUCAUCUGCGGCACGGUUGGCUACAUCGGUACGAACAUUUUCGUGCGAAAGAUCUAUUCCAAUGUAAAAAUUGACUAAUUGUACGUCCCAGAAUCGCCUGAUUCCCGUGUGCUGCGAUCGUAAUGCUUCGCGUUUCGAAAACUUUUUUUUUCUGUUCCGGAUUAUCGUAUGACCACACUAAUUAUUUAAUAGUUACUUUAGCCAGACCCUCAACAACAAACAGCAACAAAUAAUAACGCUACAAAGUAAAUAUGUUAAAAUGCAAUUGUUGCAAAAUUCAAC